AUGCUCUUAGACCCGUCUAACGCCACAACGCCCGUCGGAUGGUAUUCUGAACCCUCCUACCGGGGUACAUACUCAUUACUGUCGAGCUGCGUCUCGACGCUUUUGAUAUGCGUGUUGAGCGCGGUGCACCUCGACGUCCCAGCUGAGCAUCACAGUAGACUGCACAAAUGGGCGAAGAAGGCGAAGUGGGUGGCGGUUGGUGUAUUCGCGCCAGAAUGGUUGACUAUGACGGCUUAUCUCGAGUGGCAAAAUGCGAGAGGACUGGUUUUAGAGGCAAAUAGCCGGAGACGUCACCACUGGGACCUCAUUCAUGGUUUCUACGCAUCUACCGGAGGCUUCUGUCUCCAGACUUCGCAGGGUACCCUCGCCACUCUGACUGCCCAAGGAGUCUCCUACCUCAUCGACAAAGACCCUGACUCCAUCCCCGACAUCUCCUCGAAAGAGGUCCGAGACAAAAGCAAGCACGAUAGCCUCGCGAAGUGCCUCGCGCUAAUCCAAGUUCUGUGGUUCAGCGCGGAAUGCCUUACUCGAUUGGCGCAAAACCUGCCCGUCAGCCUGCUAGAGCUGAACACCUUCGUUCAUACCCUCUUUGCACUGAUCACCUACACCCUUUGGUGGAAGAAGCCUUUCAACGUCGACGUUCCCACCACCCUACCCAUGCCGAGGAACUCGGAUGUCCUAGCGACGCUUCUUGCAGGUCAGGAUCCUAGCCGUGUAUCAUCGAAGUACCUCCAAAAAGAAGGAACAUCGAAGCCGUUCCUUGUUCGACUGAAGUGGUACCACCUCUUUCGUGGUACAGCCGACCCAUUCCACUUGGGUCAGUCGGAUCCGAUACAGUGCCGUCUUAGGGUGAUGAUUUCCAGCUUUUUCGGUGCACUCUACGGCGCAUUGCAUAUCUCUGCUUGGUAUUACCCCUUUCCAACCCAGGUGGAAUGCGUGAUAUGGCGCGUAUCCGUCUCGUGUAUUGUGGUGUGUGGCUUGAUUGUGUCACUGUCGCAGGCACUUGCGAUUCUUCACAGGGGGCAUAAUACGAAGGAUAGUACGUGGAUGAGCCGUCUGGUGGCUAUCAAAUUGGUGGUAGUCAACUUUGCUGCAGCUUAUAGCAUUCUCAUCUCCUGUUUUGCACGUUUCUUCAUAGUUAUGGAAAGCUUCAGGAGCGUUUGGUUCUUGCCAGCAGCUGCGUACGUACUACCAGAGUGGUCGAGAUAUAUGCCUCACUUCGAUUGA